AUGGACCCGAACAGCCUUAGGAUUUUAGGUUUGGGAGAAGUAGGUUUCGAGUCGGUGAACGGGCAACCCUAUUACGAGAUACUCAAUAAUUGGGGAAGGUUUGCAGUCAUGGAUUCGAUACAGUUAAGAUAUCCUUCGACAAUAUUCGACGAAUCAAUCACGGGCCUAACCUUCUCCCCAAUUAUUGAGUAUCUCGUAAUAGGGCUGCUCGUUCACCCACCCGAAACUUGUAAGCACACAAAGGUGUUUCACCACUUUACCCUGAAGGUUCAAUCGGACUGUAGAGGACACUUCAUCUUGCCGAAGAUGAUUGAGGUCUGA